AUUACCAUCUUGUCAAAGACAGUUCAAAGUACCAUGGUAAUAUCCAUAACUAGCUUUUAAUUAGUUAUUAAAACCAUUUUCACAUUCCUUUUUGGGGAACUGCAUCCAGCAGAGCGUUUUGUCCAUAAAUGACUUCAUAAAGGAUUAUGAAAAUAUUUUAUCGAUCAACUAACUUCUUGUUUCACAGCCCUAAUAAGUAUCUAAUGACGCAAUGAUUUAUUAAUCCAAACUAUCCUCAACCAACCCUUUUUAUUUAAAGGUGUUUUCACAUGUUUGAGAAGACCACCGAUUGUGUGUACCUUUUGUUUGAAAUGAGGCAAUGUGUGUGUGUUGUGUCUCCUGAAAGCCCAUCAGAAGUCCCACGUGUCAGUCGGACUGUGUGUUUCUCACUCACACAGUAAAGCCUCAGUGGGGUCAUUUCUAAAGCACUGUAGGCUCAACACUGUCUCUGUAUUGUGCUCCCUUUUGUUGCCAAUGCAGACCUGGCAGGACAGGCCAGCCCGUAUUGUUUUUCCUCUCAGGUACAUAUGCUCUAGAAACCACUGGAAUGGGUUUUUUUUUUUAGCUUUAGCUGACCAUCCGCUGCCUUAAGUCAGGCAUAUUAUGGCAAUAAACGUUUCCUGAUUCCUCGAAGCCAGCUUCUUCCAAAUUAUAGCUGUCAUGAGCCAUGACAAGUGAUGACUAUCGUUAUAAUUAGUUUCACUAAAAAGUCAACUUCUACCACGCACACACCUUCAACUCAAGUUUUUAGCUAAAAAUAUCGUCGUAAUACAUGUGGAUCUUUCAUUAUUAGCAGAAUGUUUGUCCGCAAACACCAGUCGAUUGUCUCUUAAUUGUCUGAACUGUAUAGCAGCAGUACUUACCGGUUUACGUGGCCAUGGAGCUGAAUGUCAGUGGGAGCCAGUGCAGAGCGAGCAGGAGCCGGCUGGUGGACAGUACAGCAAGGCAGGCGUGGUUAUCAGUUAGAUAACAGGGCGGGGGUGGGUGUCUUUGUUUGGGGAGGGGGUUGUUGAGACUGCUCGUGUUCCCUGCGUUCACAGACCUGGUAAACUAAUAUAUCGGCGAGGCUGUGAACUUCUCCCCUGAAGUCACAUGUAGACAGAUGGUGCUUCUUUAAUCCUCCACGGGGACCAUCGUUUAGCCACAGCAGCGUUUAUACUUGCAGGUGAAGAAAUAAAAGAGUAAAGUAAAGUUCAAUCAGCCAUUUAAACAAUAACUGUACUUCAUUCUCGUUAAAGGUCAGGAAGACGAGCGUUGCCUCAGAAACCAUUUUCCAGAACUAAAAGUAGUUUUAUUCUAAAGCGGAUCAAGGAAGCACACAGAUGCUCCCUGAAGCAUGGGCCGAUAGGGGACCUGCCGCGUCCUGGAGUGCAGCUGUGGUCUGCAGGCCUCUGACAGCUGGCGCUCAGAUCCUGUGCUCCGUACCGGCAGGACUGAUACCCUGAGAUGGGCCCCCUGGGACUUAAUGAGCGUAGUGGUAAACUGACGACUUGUGAAUAAUUCAAUGCAAAAUGAUGCGGUGGCUGCAGGCAAAUCAUUUAAUAACACAAGGCCUGAAUCGCCUUGCAGAGGGGUGUCGGCCCCCCUGAGCGCCUCCAAGCAGGGCUUCAGCCUGGGAUGGUUGUCUUUGUCAAUGCUACAUUGCAACAGGUGGCUCAGAGCAUCACUCUGCUUUUGUUUCACAGGCCAACUUCAAAACACUCCUGAUGCGUGACGUUCAGAAGGGCUGAACCAAGUUCCUUUAAGUCCUAACACUAUUAACUACCACAAAGGUUAUUGAACUCAUUCUAACGUUUUCCCCCCCCGCCCUCCAAGGCUUGACCUGCAGAUAUGACGGACAGUCUGAAGACACGAUUUGACUUUCACAGCCCCGUCAUACAAGCCCAGACGGUGAGACAGCUUGUUGCUGCUGUGCUGAAGGAGAAAGAAACCAAUGGGAAAAUCACACAGUCCUGCACCCAGGGCCCGGCGCUGGAGGCCCUGUGGCAGCAGUGCUGCAGUGACUGCGCUCCGGUGCGCUCGGCCUGCUGCGAUGCCGUGGUGCUGCUGGUGGAUCAAGGCCACGCAGACCUGCACUACAUUCUCAACAGAGUCCUCAACCUGCUGCCCUCCUGCAGAAAUCCCCAGGGGCUGAUAAAGAACAUCGGACGGCUGCUCCAGAUGCAGGCCGACCAGAGAGAACGAGUCCCACACUUCAGCUGUCCUUACUCCAUCAGGAGCAGGCCUCACCCAUUCAUCACUGCGCUGGAGAACCGCGUGGACUGCUGGCCCACUCUGCUUCUGGAGAUUGAUGACUUCAUUGGCCAAGCUGCUGACAGAAGUGAACCCUCCUUCAUCACCAUGCUGGCCCCCUUCCUGCAAUACCUGUACUGUGAGCCUCAGAGGCAACCCCAGCACGCCCUGCUGCGGCACAGACUCCUCGGGGUGCUGCUGCCUGCACACCCAGGGGCUGGAUCGGUGCUCCAGGACCCCACGUCCCUAGUGUCCGAAAGCCUUCUGCAGUGCCUCUGUCAGCUGGUGCCACACAUGCAGGUGGACAGCGUGGAGGCGGUGCUGGAGCUGUGUGGAUUCGUGGACGCUCUGUUUCAGAACCUCGUCCCGGCCCCGAAGGAACGCUGGCGGACGGAGCGCGUCGGCCUGCUUCUCCACCUGCUCUGUGCCUGCCAGCGCUGCCUGGAGUUGAACGGAGACUGCCGCCCUCUGCUCAACGUGCUGCAGCGGGUGCUGCCCACCUGUCACCAGGAGCUGCCAUUGGAUGAGAUGUUGAUGGGCGUGGCUAUGCUCCUGUUAGAGGUCCCUGCAGCUCAGCAGACCAGCCUGCUCAGUCUGGCGCUGAGUUUAGUUCCUGAGCAGCCGGAGCCGUCGCCCUGGUUGAGUCCAGUCCUGGUUCUUCCUGUGCUACAGCUCCUGUCCUGCUCGGACCUCACAGAGCCGCUGGCCGACCGGCGGACACACAGCCUCAACAAGGAGCUGGCCCACAGGCUUCUGCGCCGCAUCAGCAGACAGGCGGGGAAACCCGGUCAGUCCGGUCCCCCGUUGGCUCUUCCUCUCACUCCGUGGUACAGCGAGCUCAGUGUGGCGCUGUUCUCGCUGCGUAGGGUGGCGGACCAUCCGGCGGCAGCAGCCGAGUGGCUGCUGUCCGUCUGCUCGGCUCUGUCGUCCGGCCACAGCCGGCUGGGCUCCGUGGCCCUCAUAGUGACCCACCUCAUCAUCGUGGGUGAGGAAGACGUCUGCCAGCUGGCUCUGAAAGCAUGCCAGGCCGUCGCUGCCGCAGACCCCUGCCAGGUCCCCUCCCUUAUUCCUGUUCUGUUGUUCAAACUUGGGAAGGAGAAGAAUCCGGUCCUGGCUCACGCUGUGCUGAACUGCCUGCCAAACCUCGGGACUCACAAGUUCUGUGUCCCCGUGGUGCUGCAGACUCUCCACAUGCUGGCCAGCACCCCCAAGCUCAGAGCGGUGGCCAUGCGCCUCAUGACCGCUCUUUGGAAGAAACAGGAUCGAGUCUACCCAGAGCUGCAACGUCUGCUGGGCCAGCAGGACAGCAGGGUGGUGGUGGGGAGGGACUCCCAGUGGGAGCAGAUCCUGGCCAGAGCCGCCUGCGUCAGGGACAUCUGCAGAGAAAGGCCUUACCAACAUGGAAGUGACAUGUUGGCUGUCAUCACACUUACUCUGAACCAGUGCACCAAACCAGACAUGGCCAUCCCUGCUGCUUUCGCCCUGCAAGGACUACAGGAGCUGUGUCGGGCAGAGGUGGUGGACAUUGUCUCAACAUGGAGGAGUCUGGGACCCGGGCUGAGCUGUGACUCGCGUCCCCUGAUCGUCAAAGCCAUAGCAGAACUUCUGGCUCUGGUUCCCCAGCUCACUGUCAAGUCGGAUGAAUACAAGAAAGUGAAGGAGGAGGUGGUCAGCUUUCUCUGGAAUUAUGCUGUGAGCAAGGAUCCAGAGGUGGCCAGCUGUGGCUACAGGGCUUUAGCAGAUUUUCCUGAAGCGGUCCACACAAUAAAUCUUCUUCCUGAGGCAGCCAGACCAGCUGCAAAGGUCCCUGAAAAUGAGGAGGAUGAAACGGUGAAGGAGGAAGAGGAAGAAGAGAAAGAUCUCUCCAUACCAGGUUCAUCGUAUGUGAAGCUGAUGGCUCUCACCCCUGUGUCGGUCCUACCAGCCUUCGAGCUCUUUCUGACCUCCCUGGUGAGGCAGGAGAUGAGCCAAAUGCCACGGGGGGUGUACUUCUCUGCCCUGAGGGGGGGGAACCUGCGUUCUGACCAGGGCAAAACCAUGGCCGGGAUCCCUUCAUUCAUGUUAAAAACGUAUGAGAAAAACAAGCAGCCUGGGCUGAAGCCUGGACUGGCAGCUGGCCUGCUGCUCUGUUACGAUCUGCCUGUGCAGACAGACCGUGAAGGCAGACGGAUCGAUCGAUUCCUCGUCAGUCGCAGCCGCAGCUUCCUACAGACCUUGGCAACCCUUAUUCACGAAGUGAACAUCCAGCCGUCUGAGUGGCACCGUGCUCUCCUCCUCCCUCAGGCCUGGAGAGGUUUCAUGAGCCGAGCUUUCCACGCUGUCCUACAGGGUCGACGUGCUGAAUUAGAGAUGCUGCAGAAACGAGGACAAGAGGAGCCUCAGGAGCUCCAGUACAAACAGCACUGUGCCUGGCUGUGGGCCAGAGAUCAAAUGGCAGACGUCAUCAAAGCUGCUACAAAGGACAGUCCUGUGGUUCAGGGGAACUCCAUCCUGGCUGUGAGCGGCCUAGCUGCUGUCCUGGCUAAAUAUGAGAGCAACCUGCCUGGUGAUGGAGACGGCAGCCUCGGGGCUGGACCCGAGUUUGUACCCUCGGCCAGCUGGCUGGCCAUUGUUGUCAACACCAUGCUCAGCAUCAGCAGCAGCAGCUACAAGGCCAAAGGACAAGUCUUCCCAUGGUUCCUACAUCGGUCCUACUCUGGUGAGAACACAGCGAGUGCCAUCGCUCGCUCCUGUGCCAGUCUGGCCUUGUCACUGCUGGUCCCGGUGCUGGUGGUGUGGCAGAGGGACGGUCUGGGACAGGUCCUGUCAGCGCUGCAGGCCGGCCUGCCGGGCUCCCCCACCGCCGACGACUCCCACGCCGUCCAGUUCCACUCCGGCCUGGCACUCGGCAUGGUGCUUGCCAGUAUGCACCACCAACGCCUCAGUGAUGUCUCUCUUCAGAAGGACACUGAUCUCAUCGGCUCUCUCGACGCUCUGGAAUGUUGCUCGUUCAACAACAACCUGGAAUACAAUACUGGCUGUGUGUUGGGUCUGGGUCUGGUGCUCACAGCUCUCUGCAGCAGUGGACAUACGGACCAACAUGUCCACAUCACCCUGACGCUGGACAAACUACUGUCCAACCUGCAGGACAGCAGUGGGCAGGGACGCAUGCACCAGGAGGUUUUGGCGUACUCUGUUGCGUGUAUAGGCGUCUCGGCCUUUAAUGGAGGACUUAUUGAUGCUGACAAGGCCGAGGAGGUCAUGAACACUCUGCGCACCCUGACUGAGGAGAGCCAGCAGACUCCAGGCUUCUCCUUGGCUCUGGGGCUGGUGGUCCACGGCCUGUCGAUGUCAGGCCAUGGCAAAGCAGAGGACAUCCAUCAUCGUCUGCUGGCAGCUUGGAUAAAGAUCUUAUUGGCCGAGGGUUGUCCUACUAUGCAGCGCCUGGCCGCCGCAAACGGCCUGGUGGCUUUAGUCGGAUCGGAGAGUUCCCUGAUCCAGCAAACAAGUGAGGUGGAACUUUCCUCCCAGAAACAGAGCAGGCUGAAUGAGGUUAUUCGAGCCAUCACACAGAUCAUAACUUCCUCAGGAGCCAUUGGUUUGCAGUCCAACAGUGCUUGUUUAGUUGGUCAUUUGCAUUUGGCCCACAUGUCCACCAGUCACAGUCACACUGCAGUCCCUCAGAAUUUCAGUUACCUCCCAGAGAAAAGCCUCAUCCGAUCUAUCGUUGACUUCAUCACAGAGGCAGGGAAAAAAGGUCCAGAGUUUGCUCAUCCUGCUCUGGUUAAAUCGGUUCUGACCCCACUGGCAUCGGUUGGAGCCAGCUUCCAGUACCCCCCCGUCAACUGGAGUGCUGUCCUGUCUCCUCUGAUGAGGCUCAGCUUCGGAGAGGAUGUUCAGCAUCAGUGUGUGCGGCUGGCAGCGUGUCAGGCUCAGUCCUCUCAGAGUGCCUCUCUCUUUCUGGGCCCCUGGCUGUCCCCACCCCUUGUGCACAGUCUCAGUUACCAGACUCGGGCUCAGCUGUUUGAGAGCCUCGGCUUGUGGAUGAAGCAUGUUUCUGAAGACAAGCUGCAGGUCCACAUGGAGAGUCUGGGUCUGCAGCAGUUCCAGGACGACCUCCGACCCCAGCGCCUGGCCCUGUGCCGUUCCCUGCUGCAGGGCCUCGCCCUGGCCAUGGCCCUCCAAAACCCCCCCAAUAGCUGCUGGACCAUCCUCUGCUCCAGCACUGAGAAGAUCUUCACCCUGCUGCCCAACAACAUCCAGGAUAAUGAAGUGGAAUUGUACAUGGGAAUUGCCAAAUGUCUGUCUGAGAUGUCUGAUGCAGAGAUUGAAAGAGUCACCCACGUCCAGGAGACUCAGAUGGAGAAGACUUGCUUCGUCCUCGCUUACUUAACCUCCCAAGGCCGGGUGCCCCUCCUGGGGCUCAAUGACAUCAUUGCUGGGGUGCUUCGUGGUUGGCCAAGCCGCAGAGUCGGGUGGCUUCUCCUGCAGACUUUUUACCAGUGUCGCUUGGCCACCAGCCCCAAUACUGGUGUUUCAAAAAGGAUGGAUUGGCUGCUGGAGCUGAUGGGACACAUCCGAAAUGUUGCCUACGGUGCAACAUCUGUCACAAUUGAAGACACCAAACUGGCCACAGACUUCCUGUUCCAGGUCUUUGCUGCUGCCGUAGUUUCCUGGGGGGACCACUCCAUGCCCCUCCUCCUAGGCAUCAGGGCCCAGUGGUUCCCAUGGCAAUCCGACUCAAAGCCCCAAACUCUGCGACAUCGUCUGUACGGUGAGGAGUCGCUCACAGACCGCGCCCUGCCACAGUGCCUGCUGGGUAUGCCCUGCAGCCUGGCUCUACUGCUCGCCAAAGAACCAUGGAGCAGCCAGACGCACAAGUUCAUAGAGUGGCUUUUCACCGUCAUAGAAGGUCCUGAUCAGACUCUUUCAGCCACAACUGUCAGCACAGCCAAAGCUGCCCUGUUGGCCCUGAAGUCCUCCGCUGAGUUCAAGAAGAAAGCCGUAUGGACCAGAGCAUACGGGUGGUAGCCCAGAAGAGCUCUGACAGACUGUCACCGUGGCAACGCAUGCAGGGGUUGCCAUGCUGGACAUGGCCCUGGAUGUGUGAGGCUUAUCCAGCAGAAAUGGACCUCAUCACAACAUCUAGAGGGUCGUGUUCCAGCAGUAUAUGCUCAUUAAGGUUCAAAUAUUU